UAGUGUAAAAAAUGGCCAGUGUCUAGAACAUGUAAUUGUUUAUGGCUUUAUGUUUUGUGGCGGGAAAGAGUGGGCAAACAAGGCCUAAAGAGUAGUGAUCAUAGAUAAGGGAGGGGAUAGUAAUUGUGAUAGUAAUUGAACUAAAGUUGUAUUAGUGUUUCUUUAGAGUGUAAAUUUUCAAAUAAUUUCUGGCUAAGGAUUCAUUUAAGCUCGAGCAGAAAAUGUGUUCGUGGUCCAUAGCGUUCUGGGAGGCAAACACGGAGGAGUGUCGUCAGCACCUCAAGAGCGACGAUGCGUGGGAAUCGAUUCCGUUAUUAUGCCAGGUGCCCUCCGAUGAGCUGGUGGACGGACAGUUGAUGCGGUUCCGUGGCAUGAUCCAGGACAUGUACGAUCCAGAGUUCUACCUGAGCCAGUACGAAGUGGUCAGCAAGGCAGAUGGAUGUUCAAGUGUGCGCUCUGGGAAAUUCAAGGAGACCAUUGCUUGGGAGGCCAAUGAGGAGUUCGUCCAGGAUUCCGCUCGUAACGUCCACAGUGAAAGACACUCGUUCUACUGUGUGCCAGUACCUGGGAUCAACCCUUGGGUGCACUCUUUGCAUCGAGAUGCGAACAGCAAGCCGGGAGUGCAACUACCAGUGCAGGAGGCCAAUACGAGUGAAGCCUGCGCACCUGAAUGCAGCAAGGUUUCUCCUCCGAAGCGCGUGUGUCUGGACAGCAACAGCCAAGCUCGGUUACGUAGCACCAAACAGUCGGACUUGAAUUUUCCCCUCCCAGGCCAAGAGGGCACAGUGUGCAUGUUGAAGGUGUACGACGGGGAGAGGUUCCGCCUGAACGACGUGGUGGAGGUGGUGGGGUUCGUGUCUGCGAGCCCCGCGACGGGGGAGGGCGACGCCCCGUGCCCGGGAGUCCCCGGGCUGCACUGCGUGGCGGUCAGACGGCUGACGCACUGCAACCCCCUGUGGUCGGCCAUCGCGGAGCGGGAGGCUGUGUUCGAGGGCGCGGAGUCUGUCAGACAAGAACUGCACAUGUUACUGUCGGGCCUCUUGCUGGGCGACACGCUUGCCGCUGAGUACUUGCUGUGCCAUCUGCUGUCCUCCGUGUAUCUGAGGAACAACACAAUGGCUCUUGGGAAAAUGUCCUUGAAUGUCACCAAUGUCCCAACUGGUUGUGAUUAUGCCAACAAGAUGUACAACAUAUUGUCUCUGCUCCUGCCUAAGAGUCAUUUUCUACCCAUGACUCUCGACAAUCUCAACAAACAGACCUUUGUUCCCAAGAAAGAUUAUUCAGAAAACAGGUUGAAGAGUGGAGUUCUGCAGUUGAGUGCCCACACUCACCUCGUACUCGACGAAACACAGCUGAUGCCUGGUCAGCUGGACGCGUGUGGGGUGCAGAACGUCACGGCUCUGGGGAUGGUCGUGAGGCACCAGAAGCUGGACUACGACUUCAAGUACUACUCGCUGGAGUUCGAGACCGACAUACCUGUCCUGGUGCUGUCCGAGGGCAAGUCCCUGCUGCCUAGUGAUGUGGUAAUACCUCUGCGCGCAGACAGCCCUCAUGUGGCCGAGACGUUCGAAGCGGCAACGCAUUACUUGAAGGAGCCUCUUCUGGGGAAUGUGAGGGUGUACUUGACUGCGAUGAUGCAGGCCAACUUCACAGUUCCUGCCGCCAUGCAGGAGGUGAUUGAAAAUGAUUUUGUUGAAAUGAGGAAAGAAAACAGCAAGUUUACACCAGAUGAUCUUCACAGACUUUUGGUACUAGCAAGGUUAGUGUCGCUGAGCAGAGGUUGCCGGGAGCUGACGGCUCCUCUGUGGAAGCAUGCUGUGGACAUGGAACGCAGACGGCAGCAGCGCUGAGGCUCUGUUGUCUUGGACGGUUUGAAACCAACUAUUGUGCUCUUACAAGGAGUAAUAAAUGUAAUAUAUUUUUCA